AUGGUGUUGGCCAUGGCCUCUCAGGAUGGUCAGAACUUCUUCCAGCCUUUCUCUUCCUGGAUAUCUCGGGUUUAUGAAGCUCUCCAGCAAGCAGGAGGUUCCUUAUCUGCUUCGCUGAUUAACUUAAGCAAACAAGACUCUAAAUUGAGUGACAAGCUAGACCAGGACUUAGAUGAUAUUCAGAUUCAGGAAACUUACUUUGAAGAUGAAGAACAUGGCAAUACUUGGAGUCAAGAGGAUGCAAAUUCCUUGUUUUUUGAAGUGGAUCACUUCUCCUGUUGUAAUAGUGAUUUGCAGGACUCUGCCCAAAGUUCAAGUCCCAGACUUAGCCAACAUGCAAAGGACUCAUGUUCUAUAAUAUCUCAGUGGUCCAAUCAGAGCUUUGAUGACCAAAUGUCACCACCUGUGCUUUCUUCUGUUGCUGAGGAAGAACGUCACCUUGAAAAGCAAAGGAGUGGCCUUCAACACGGCUUUGACAGUCAGCUCUCUGGUACUUUAGAAAAUGUUAAUGGAAAAAAGCAAGUGAACAGCUUUGGAGAGGAUGAAGAACUGUCCACGUCCUCCGACAGUGACGAGGAGGUGAUCAAGCAAUUUGAAAUUUCAGUGUCCCGAUCCCAGAGUUUCCGUUCAGGAUCUGCUGAGAAAGGAAAGCAGACAGGAUUGGAGCAGAAAGCAAAAUUCAACCACUUAGUUGCAACCCAUGAAGAAGACAGCACUGAAGUUUCUGCCUGUGGAGAUGUGGAUGGAGCCAGCCGGCUGAGUUACUCUGACAACCUGUCUUACGGUGAAGAUGGCCCUAUCUUUGCCCACUCCCAGCCCCCAUGUGAGAUGGGAGGUGCCCGGCGCCAUGCCACAUCCUCCCCAGAGAGCAGUGCAGUUCGCAGUCUCAGUCGCCAGUCCACUGAAGGCAGCUUGGAGAUGGAGGAAGCUUUUAAUAGCCGGGGCUUUGAAGACUCCUAUGCCACGGACAGCUCCUCUGUGUGGAGUCCACAGGAACAGGAUGGGACCAAUUUUCAGGUACCAUCUGGGAUCCCAGAGCCCAUCUCAAAAUGUGGGGAUCUAGAUGUCAUCUUCGAAUAUAGAGUUGCCAGCCAAAAGCUCACAGUGACCAUUGUGAGAGCACGUGGCCUCCCAGAUAAGGACCGAAGUGGCGUCAACUCCUGGCAAGUCCAUGUGGUGCUGCUACCCAGCAGGAAGCAGAGGGGAAGGACAGGCAUCCAGAGAGGGCCCAACCCUGUUUUCAAGGAGAAGGUCACCUUCGCCAAGUUGGAGCCCAGAGAUGUGGCUGCCUGUGCUGUGCGAUUCCGCCUGUAUGCUGCCCGCAAGAUGACCCGUGAGAGAAUGAUGGGAGAGAAGCUAUUCCAUCUCAGCCACCUGCACCCAGAAGGGGAAAUGAAAGUGACUCUGGUCUUGGAGCCAAGAAGUAAUAUCUGUAGUGGAGAGUCUCCGCUCAGCCCAUCUGCAGUUUCUCACAGUGAUAGUGCUUCAUCCACGCAGUCGCUGUCUCAUGGAGGGGCGCCAGAGCUGCUAGUGGGGCUCUCCUACAAUGCCACAACGGGGCGAUUAUCUGUGGAAAUGAUCAAAGGCAGCCAUUUCCGAAACCUCGCUGUUAACAGAGCGCCUGAUACGUAUGGAAAACUCUUUCUCCUCAAUUCUGUGGGUCAGGAGAUGUCCCGCUGCAAGACAUCCAUUCGACGUGCUCAGCCCAAUCCUGUUUACAAGGAGACCUUCGUUUUCCAGGUGGCCCUCUUCCAGCUCUCUGAUGUCACAUUGAUGAUUUCCAUUUAUAACAGGCGUACUAUGAAGCGUAAAGAGAUGAUUGGUUGGAUUGCUCUUGGCCAAAACAGUAGUGGAGAGGAGGAACAAGACCACUGGGAGGAAAUGAAGGAGACUAAAGGUCAGCAGAUCUGCAGAUGGCAUGCCUUGCUGGAGUCAUAGGUGUGCUAAAGGUAUUUGUAAUCUACAUCUGCCCUGCUGGCUUAUGGGGUCAACUGCUGAUGCUGACUCAGCAGAUACUUUUUAAAGUCAGGUUUUCAGGUAGGCAUUGGAGACUACUAGCCCCUAAGAGAUUCUAGGGGAUAUCUUAGGUUUCACAAAAGUAACUUUUGGGUUUAGUUAUUGUAAUUAAAAACAACCUGCAUACAUAGUCAAGUAUAGUCUAUAGAAAUGUUAUCAUAGUUGUGAGCAGUGAUGAGUUUGUGUUAAUAAGUAAUGGAGUUUUGGUUCAUAUGGAAUGAAGCUACUCCUGCUGUCUCUAUUCACUUGGAGAGUACCCUGAGAUUUUCAGGGAGCUUUUGAAUGUUACUAUUUGCAACCAUUUACAUGUGUGAAUCAGACUUUUCUUAAUGUGUGCAAAAAAUUCUGAAAUACUAAAAUGAAUCAGCUGCCCAGGCGCAUAGAAGAAUGUGAAUGCCAUUAAUAAUACCCUAGUCCAUUUUUUCUCUUUAUCAGAAAAUGCACUCACUUACCUAACAAAUAAUGCUAUAAAUUUGCACUUACAAAACAAAUUUGCAUUAAUUAAAUACCUCUUUGUUUGUCUCACUUAUAUGUUGUGAUUUCCUAUGAGAUUUGUUUAGAUGAAUCUUUUUGAAGCUAAAAUGGAAUUCAAAAACUACUGUUGAAAGACUGCUGUCUCCUUUUGAAUAUGUAAGAUUUUGAACUUGUAACUUUUAAGGUUUUUAUGCUGUUUUUCUUAAAUUAUUACAGAAUGAGAAGAAAACCAAAAAGCCUAUUUAUGUCAUGGGUUUAUUGAUUUUUCUGAAUCUAGUGUUCUUUGAGAUACUUUUUCUAUAUUGAAUGUCAAUGAGGCUCAUAUUUUGAAUGUAUUCCUGCAUGUGAACCAUACUCUUUUUAUGCAAUAUUUUUCCAUCAGUAGAGUGUAAUAUAUCAUAUA